AUGACCAACAGGAAAACCACAUUGAGCGGUUUCAUUUCAACAGUCGCCAAACAAGCUGGCCAACUGUCUGCUGUAGCAGGCGUGUUCCUGAUUGGCACAGGGUUGUUCAGUAGUCACGCUCUGGCUGCAAACGUUCCGAUUUCUGAAAACGCACCGGAUUUCACGUUGAAAACGCUGGAAGGCUCAAAUUUACGUCUUGAAGAGCACCGCGGUGAAGUUCUGUUGAUCAACUUCUGGGCGAGCUGGUGUGGCCCCUGUCGUCAGGAGAUGCCCAUUCUGGACCGUCUGCAUGAGCGCUAUGAAGAUACCGGUUUUGCAGUCUGGGGCAUUAAUGUAGAAGGCGAAGAAGAGCCUGCACAGAAACUGGUUGAUAAAACCAAGGUGACUUUCCCUGUGCUGAUCGACGAAGGUCAGGCGGUCAGCGAACUAUACGAUUUAGAGGCGAUGCCGAGCACUGUAGUGGUGGAUCGGGAUGGCGUUGUUCGCUACAUCCACCGAGGUUUUGGCAUGACAGGGAUAGCUAAGUCGAUAGGCGCCGCUCUGCUGUUGUUUGGGUGCGCUCUGGUCUGGGCCGAAGACACUAAAUCUGCAGCGUUAGACGUUGAGAUGGAAGAUGUCAAAAAAGCGCUGGUGGAGCUCAAACGGGAUCUUGUGAUUCUUGAAGAAGACCUGCUCUUUCCAGCCAGUUCACAGGUGUCAGUGUUCCUGUCCAUGGAUGUGGGCGAGUUCUUUGAACUCGACGCUGUGACCUUGAAGCUCAACAACAAAGAAGUGACUCAUCAUUUGUACACCGAGAAGCAGGUAGAUGCGCUGUUUCGUGGUGGUGUGCAGAAACUCUACGUAGGCAACGUGAAGCAGGGCGAAAAUCGCGUCACCGCUUUUUUCACCGGUCGCGGUCCCAACGGGCGAUAUACCGCAGUGAAACAAUUUCUAUGCGAACUCCUUUUUACCUGCGCUCUGGCUGGCGCUGGAACGCCGCCUAUUGAAGAUCUGACUUAUGGCACAUUGCUCUACGAGUAUUUCCAGGAAGAUCAUCAGGCUGCGCUGUUAACUGCACUGGUUGCACAACAGCAGGGGCGAAGAGGCGAGAAACAAACUCAAUUUGACCUGGCUGCGGGUAGUUUUGCAUUUGCAGAUGGCAUGUACGACUACGCUAAUCAGACAUUUGCCGCGAUUCCUGAAGGCGAAAUAGAGCCGUUAGAUCAGAUGCGCUUAUCUUUUCACCUGGCUCGCGAAUAUCACCGACGGCAGGAUUGGAACGCUCUGGGCCCUCAGCUGGCGAAUAUAGAGCUGGGUAAAAGCUGGUUCGGAAAACAGAAGUUGCACCCUGAAGUGGAGUACAUGCGCGGUGAGUACGCGGUGCAUCUGGGUGAAUAUGACAAAGCUGCGCAACACUUUAAUCUGAUGGAAGAAACCCACCCGCUGCGCGCGUAUGGGCUUUUUAACCUGGGCGUUGCCUAUCGUCUGGCAGAUCAGCUGCCUCAAUCUCAGCAGACCUUCCAGACUCUUGCGUCGUUACCUGCCUACAGCGAUGAGGCGUAUGACCUCAGCCAACGGGCGAAGCUGGCGCUGGCACUUAUCGCGCGCCAGCAGAAAGACACACAGAGUGCCGAAACCGUGCUCAGCGCUCUGCCGGGUGAAGGGCGCUAUCAGGAAGUUGCUAUGGCUGCCUACGGUGGUCUGGCGAUGGAUAACCAGGAUUAUGAAUUAGCCGCGCGCAUCUGGAUGACCCUGCAGGAGCAGGACUACUGGACGCCCAGUACGGCAACCGCUCGACUCGGGUUCCCACUCAGUCUGGAGAAGCUUGCGGGUGAACAGCGCGCCUCUACGGAGCUUGCACUGGUGCAGUUUCAGCGCGCUGAAGCAAGUUUUAUGUCUCGUCUGAACGACCUGACGCGGCUGUCAGCAGAAGCAGAAGAUCCGCAGUGGGUGCAAAGCCUGCUGGAAGUGUUUGCUAACGAUGAUCAAGACGAUGAGCAGAUGCAGCUGCUGAUGCAGAAAUGGCAGGAUCAGCUGGGUCAUACGGAUUGGCUUGAGUGGUUAGCCACUGACAAAAUUAAUCAGGCGCUCACCCAGUGGCGUGCGCUCAAUGAAAUGGAAACCUGGGUAGGUGCGCUUCCUGAAAAGCUUGAUGCUCUGGAGCGGGUCGCCGCUGAGCAGCGCCGCCGGGGCGAACAGGCCCAGGUCAUGUUGCAGGAUGAAGGCUUGUUGGCAAAACGCGAAGCUCUGCAGGCUCGUGUGAAUACUGCGCAAUCUGAGUUAAGUGCACUACGCGCUGCAACGCCGAUGCCGGAUUUGGCUUGGAUGAUGCCCCUGGCGAACCCGGAUGAAAGAGAGCUGCUGACAGAGUUAGAUGGCAUGCGCCAACUGCUGGUACACAUGAGCGACAAAGAUCGUGUCAAGUGGAAUGCACGUAUUGCCCGCCUGGAAGGUGUCUUGUUCUAUCGCCUGGUGGAUGAGCGGGCGGCGCGUCUGCAAACGCUGAGUAAAUCGCAUAAAGAUCUGCUGACAGUGCUGGCUGAUGUGGAUGCCCGUAUCGAACGUGUCGAGGGUGCGGAAAGCAAUUUCAUGGCCGGGGUUGGCACCGAUUUUCUGGUUUUUCAAGACCGAGCGGCGGACAUCACGCAGAUGGUCAAUGCGGCCAGAACCAGUCGUGAAAGCCUCCUGGCUGAUGAAAUACGUGGUCGGAUGCAGCAGGAAAUGGAUCAGGUACAGCAGUAUUUACUGGUGACCCGAAUUGCGAUCGCUCGGGCAACUGAUCAGUUAGCUGUGGCGUCUACCGGUGGGCUCCAGCCCGGUGGGUUGCCACAAUGA